AUGCGGAAACUCGUGAUUCCAAAGUACUACGGUCGUCCUUCUAUUGGUUUGGCUUUGUUCGGUUGUACGAAUCGACCGUUUUAUCACGUCUGCGUAUUCCCUGAUAGAGCUUUAGGAAGACGAUACGAGGGUAACAUUAUUGAGCAGAUGCGGAAACUCGUGAUUCCAAAGUACUACGGUCGUCCUUCUAUUGGUUUGGCUUUGUUCGGUUGUACGAAUCGACCGUUUUAUCACGUCUGCGUAUUCCCUGAUAGAGCUUUAGGAAGAAGAUACGAGGGUAACAUUAUUGAGCAGGUUGGAACAUUUGAUCCACUGCCUAAUACAAAAAACGAGAAGCUUGUAUCACUUAAUUUCGGAAGGUUGAAGUAUUGGAUUGGAGAAAGGAACGCUCACAUAUCCGUGCCCGUUCUGGAACUUCUUGGUUUAUCUGGAUUGUUUCCUAUUCAUCCGAAGACUUUUAUCAGAGCGAGACACAACAGAGAAUCUGCGUCAGCGCAAACCAAAGAAUUAGGAGCUGACAGUGCGGAAGCCACAGAGGUAGCUGACGGUGCAGAAGUCACAGAGGUAGCUGACGGUGCAGAAGCCACAAAGGUCAUUCCUACUUCACGCUUCUUCCUAGAAGUGUUUGCAACUAAAAUGCUAGUCUGUAUUGGGCUCAUAUUUUUCGAAAGCACACUAUUCUUAUUUUUUAUCAUUAUACGACUGUCCAUUUCUGAUAGAUGUUACAACAGCACGAAAAUCAACUUCGAGAACGAUUCUAGUGCAUCUGAUUCUAUAUAUACGAUUUUUGGUAUUUCUUCAAAAUGUGUGGAGAACUACGAACAAGAGUCGACAUUUGGUGCCGAUUAUGAUUAUCCCAUCUGUCCUACUGGUUUAGUUUCAGUUAACAUUACUCCCGUUGUUCGAAUUGACAACAGCAACCUGCUUCCUCACAUAGAGCUAAAUAUUUCUGCUAUCGUGUACGAUCGUGCGAAUUCCGUCACUAUUCGUCUGCAAUGCUUGCAUGCUCCAGAUGCCGAGGACAUCUAUUGUCAUGAUGCUGUGCGAAUGUCGCAUGAGGGAAAGUGGUUGUGGCCAUGCAGAGCUAUUGUUUUUCACGAGAAAGAUGCUGUAUCUAGUCCAAUUGUUUUUGGAUAUUCGUGCUUUCGGAUGUUCGGUCUUUCUCAGUACCUUGUCAACGUUACGAUAUUUCCUCAGCAGUGUAGAUCGAGCUUGCUGGUUACUUCUCCAUCAGAUUCCCAGCUGUCGCCGGAAAUUGCGGCAUAUUACGCUAACAAGGUGUCUCUUUUCGAGUUUUUUUUUGUUGGAAAACAUUGGACUCUUCACUGUAAUGCUUGCCAUCCAUCACCGUGUUUUAGAAUAUCUCUAGCCCAGACUGGUCACCCGUUAUUGAUUGUUGACUUUGGUGAUGAAGAUGGGCUUUGGUUACGUGUCGAGGGGCCACCAUCAUCGCAAGCUAGAAUCAUCACGGUAUCAAUAUUUGAGCGUCACCUUGAUAGCGUGCUUCGUCCACUCCAAUCUGUCAACGUUAUUCAUCCAUCUACAGGUUUCAAGUGGCGAAAUGUGGCUAAAGGGUCGUACGUUGUGUACGCAUAUAUUCCGCGGCAUGAUUGCCUGCUAAUUUGUGACGAUGUUCCAAUAAGCUCUGUUCCGUGUCGCCUUUGUGCACACACUGUCAUUAAUUUUACACUUCCUGCUGAUCGAGCAAGUUUAUCAUGGAAAGGAUUGCGUCGAAUGCGUGACUCGAGCUCUUCUAUUUUGUAUGCUCUGGCUUGUAUACUGUUCGGUGUAGCAUCGUGUAGCAUGCUAUACUUGUUUGUUUUACGAAGACGGGCACGACACACACCGGUGCAAGUGCGAGAAAUUGAGCUACAGGAGAAGCCUUUGGUUCUUAUACUAUCGCCAGAUGAUUGUGCUGAGCAUUCGGCAGUAAUACUUGCUCUUAGUCGGGUUCUUGAAAAACACGCAGAGGUCACAGUUCUUCUGGAUCAUCACGAGAUGAGUAGUUACGGGAGUGCACACGAACUGCACUUGAAUAAGUAUAUUAUUUGUCGUCUUCCUUAUUCUCCAGCGUCUCCUAAUCAAUUGAGUAUGUUAGGGCUCCCUGAAGUGGAAGUUCCAUCGGAUUUCCCUCGCUUGACUGCACUUAUUCAUUCGAUUGAUGGUGUAUAUGACCACCGAAUUCCAUGUGACUGUACUGCCUUAGAUGAAUUCAAUUGCGCUGUUGAGGCUAUGAUAGCAUUGAUGCAGAAGGAUGUAACUUGGAUGGGACGAAGGAUUUGUGCUGAGAACACUAACAUGGAGAACAGUGUUGAUGUAGUGGAAAUACCUGAAGGAGACGUCGUCAGACUAAAUACGGACCACGAGCGGGAGAAGGCAGCAGAAAUGUUUGGUCUUUUGCCACCGGAAGAAAAUGAGAUGAAUCCUACUAAAGUUGCUUCUAGGUGGCUGAUGACUCUGCAGAAUUUGCGCUAUUGCCGCCGGAUGAGGAUUGACGUUUAUUACUCUCGUGUUGUGAAGAACAAGGACGGUCUGCAAUCUAAAUAUUCCGAAAUUGGACCGAGUGUUUGCGAGGACACCUUCGCUGUUUCGGAUCACGUGAAAAGAAAUAAGAGAUGCAACGGGGUUGUGCGAUCGUGUCCGAAUUCGCCCAUUAAAAGAUGCCUAUUGGAAGAUGCAAAUGGCAAUAAGACCACAUGUGGGGAUGUGCAGAGUGGUGAACAGACUUGCCAACAUUGCAUCCCGGUAUCAUCAUCUGAAGAAAGUCAUUCAUGCGAAAAACAGCAGCGUCCUUCGGAAUCGAAUGCGAACAUCACACGAAGCCCAGUACCUUUGUUAGGAAAUUGCCGACCACCUCCGCGCAUAUUUCCAACUGACGUAUCUGAAGGCGGGCAGUCAGAGGAUAUAAGGGAAGAACACAUAUCACCUGAUGCAGACGGAUCGACGGAAUCCAGAGGGAACGAAAUUAGCUUGAAAGAGCAGACCACACCUAUCUUGUCCAUCGUUUCCACGCGGAGUAAAGAGAAAAUCAGAAAACCUCGUCGUGUUCUUCCGAAGGUUGGCUCCAAGGAGAGAAAAGAAAUUCUCGCCGAAGAUGCUAGGCGACGGAUGCGUGAUUCGGCAAAUAGGCACUCUUGCCCUUACUGCACCUACUCGGCCCCAUUUCCGAGCAAAGUCAAACGUCAUAUAAACAACAGACAUAGUGGGUCACACAUGUGCUCCAAAUGUGACAAACGUUUUGAUGAGUACUCUAAACUGCGGACGCAUGUCGCCACAGAACAUCCGGUAGUUCACCGUUGUCAUUAUUGCAAAUUUUCUCACAAGCUACUUGCUGAGGUUCGGAAGCACUGUGUCGCUAAUCAUCAGAAUGGUGUCCUGUGUACAGUGGCUGGCUGCAAUGUGCGCGUUGCAAGGAGACGCUUGAAAGAUCAUUUACGAACGAUGCACCCGGACAGCGUACCUUCCGCAUGUCCACGUGAUGUGCAUUCGAAGGUUUCUUCCGCAGAGGAUGCUUUGCACCUUAUGUGUCCCCACUGCGACUUCAUCACAAGUGAUUUGGAAGAUUUCAAUUCGCAUUUGAUGAACGUUCACGAGCGGGGAAUACUGUGUCCAAUGCCUGACUGCACUGUUCAUGUUUUACUGGGUGAUUUGGAAAACCACUUGCAUUCAGUCCACGAACAAACGGAUGACAGCCUUCGUGAAGAUUGUGGCGAUGUGCAGGAGUUGGACUCAACUAGUUGCUCAUCAAUGCCCGCACCCAUGUCAAAAAGAUUAGCUAGUUGCACAACGGCAUCGAUAUCAGAAUGUGCAUCUACGUCAAACACUUCAGACGAUCUCCCGUCAGAUUGCGAUGAACUUGAUGUUGCUGAAAAGCCGUCUUUUCCAAAAUUGAAAGGGAAUGCCAUUGGUCCACGAUAA